AUUUAACUUUAUUCCUUUUCCCAGGUUCUUUUUCUUGUAAAAAACAACAUAUUUCAAGCAGCCAAUUUGGCGCGUUUUCGGGGCUGCCGCUAUCACUGUGUGGCAUACGCAGCUUUCUUAGUCAUUUUCAUUUUCCCAUAGUCCUUUUACUGAAAAAAAAAAAAACAUUUUAUAAGGAGCCAACUUGGCGCGGUUCCGGGGCGGCCGCUAUCCCAGUGUCACGAAUGAUGUUAUUUCGACGUGCAUUGCGUCGCUUGAGGUAAUAAAUGACUCGCCAGACAAUGACAUUUGUUAUUGUGAUUGUAAUCGGAUUUUGUUGACAUCACACCAUAGGCUUACUUGAACCCAGCAGUCGAUCGUCCAAAUUCUCGAUCCAAAACCAUUCUAUUUUUCAAUGGGAACGGACUAUCCAAUACUACUCAGCUAUUGUCAUACGCAGAUUCUUCGCAUUUCACAACACGUUUUUCAAGGGUAUGUUCUUGGUAUAACUUUAAGUGCAUUCCGUGUUCCACUCCAUGUGAUUCCAUUCUUGGUUUUCCUUCACGCUGUUGUCUAGUGUGGUUGUGUGACGAAGCGUGCGGACUUCUAACCCUUGAUUGACACCCGCUAACGACGAUAUCUGGCGUACCCCACAACAGCUGUCUAGAUGUCUCGCGAGACUAAUGAAAUUUUUGAUUCGGUGUUUGGUCUUGAAGGAAACCCCUGCAUUCGAUUCUAACUUCUUAACCGGGCUCGACUCUGCCUGAGCUAUUUAACAUGUACUUAUGCGUAGGGAAGAACUCGAGCAAACGCAACGCAAGACGGACGCCCGACUACACAGAUAUAUUGCCCAUUUCCCCGACCAAAAUCAUCAAACCCAAAUUCAUGGACACAGGCGAACAAAAUGGUUUCAUUGCGGGCUACACGAAGCCCAAGGGAGGUAGGCUACAUAGGUUGCAUUCUUUGAAUUUGGAUGUGAACGCGAAUGAGCAUACGAACGAAGGGGAAUCGAAAUCAAGUACGCUUCCACGACGGCAUACAACCAAGUCACCGCCGCCUAAGCCACCUCGCGUCAUUCCCCCAAAGCCGCCCAGGCUAAUGGAGAAAAAGGUUUUCACCUGUGAGAAUCCGCAUUGUCAGAAGAAAGAGGAGCUCUUGGGGAUAGUGGAAUUGACGUUUAAGUCGUGCAAGGCUUGCUUUACUCAUUAUUGUUCGCCCGAAUGCCGUAUACUUCAUUGGCCAGAACACCGGCUUGACUGUCAGUACGGCAACAUCGAGUGUCAAAUGGUCGAGAUUCUAAACCUCUGUCAGACUUCGCCAAAGGUACAUUUUUUCUUGAGUGAAAUCACAAGAAAGAAUUACACAAGAAAGGGCCGUGGCGCUUUGAUGCUAAUCUUUUUGUCGCCUACAUCAGCUGAACUAUUUGUAAAAUCCGGUACAGAGUUUUUCAACGACCGCCGAAACACGCCGAGUUAUUCAUCUAUGCGGGAAAUCAAAAACGCCGGAGUGCAUUCGAAAUACCAGAAAGAGUUACUAGAGGCCGUGGGAAACUAUUCCCCGAUACAUGAAUUUGUGAUUAAUGUGGCGAUAGUCGUAGGGAGGACGAUACAAACGACCCCGGUCCCUAGGAAUAAAGUGGCGGCCGUCAUCCGACAUAUUAAAGUACCAUUACACCCCGAAUUUAAUUCACGGACAUUGAGUCCUCAGAACAGCCAGGAACACAUGUCCCCAGUAUCCCCGCGAAAACUCAGUGACAUAGAAGUAUUAGGGAACACCGUACGUCGAAAAUCACUAUAGGGCGACCCUGAACGCAUUAGAAUCAUAACAAAUACAGAUAUGACGCGCGCGUCAUCUAGUGGAAGACGUCAGUAUAUCCGCUAGGGUGUAUGAGUCGACUUAGGGAUGAAUAAUUAAGCGGUGUAUAUAGUAUUAAUCUCGCCAAGGAAAAGUGUUUGAAGUGGGUAUGAAGUCAUUGCGGUUGUAUAAUCGGAGUAUUCUAGAACCAUAAAAAUGCGACAUGGAUGCAUAUAUCAAAAGGGUUUUUGGAGGAAUUGUCUGGCGCCAGCGAUUUCAAUUCAUUAAGUCUUUUUAGUCGCUUUUCGUAUUAACGCGUUGUCUGUUAGCGAUUUGAAAAGGUUUUUGUAUGAUAAAUUAAACUCAAAAGCAUUGUGUGACCGCUGAUGACUCGUACACAAAAAUGCGGGUGUGAGAUUGUAAAUUAUUAAAUACUGAGAAAAUCUGCAUAAAAUGCAUCACGAUAGAUUAAUUUUCGCCGAAAGUCCUUUUGCAUUGGUCAGGCGGCGAAAUGUUUAUGUUCGCAAGUGAGUGUUUUUCCUGAAUAUCCGCGUUGAAAACGGAAACAAGUACAGAUUAUGGUAAUCUUGGUAAACACAGAUUAUCGAAAAAGCUACAAAUUCCAGCCUGAUAUCCUUAUAAAUAUCACAUCAAAUACUCAUAUAUACGCGCCCACGAUAUCGAAAGCAAAGCUUAUAUAUUUAAGUAUUAAAAAUACAAAGCAUA